AUGACGACCUCACCGGCGCGGGCUUUGCCUACGCUGGCGCGGCGCGCGUUCUCCACGACCGCCGCCGUCGCAAAGGGCUCGGGCGGCAAGCCGACUCCGAACAAGGACCACCACAUUGUGCAGUACAACGACGACGACUUCCCCCGCGGAUUCGGUGUCGCCGCGACGCACUGCGGCAUCAAGAAGAAUGGCGCCCUCGACCUCGGUGUUCUCGUCAGUGUGUCCGAGCGCCCCACUGCCGCCGCGGCGUGCACAACCCGCAACGCCUUCAAGGCCGCGCCCGUCACUGUCACCACUGAGCUGCUCGCGAGCACUGACGGACGUGCCCGCGGCUUUGUCGUUAACUCGGGCUGCGCCAACGCCGUCACGGGAAGCCAGGGAUUGGACAAUGCGUGGGCCAUGAGCAAGUCGCUCACCAACGCUCUCGCGCCCCAGCCCGAGACGUGGGGCAAGGAGAAGGCCGGCUCGCUCGUCAUGUCUACCGGUGUUAUUGGCCAGCAGCUGCCGAUCGAGAAGAUCACUUCUGCCGUCCCCAAGCUCGCCGGCAACCUCGGCCUCGACUCCAAGUCCUGGAUGGACCUCGCCAGGGCGUUCAUGACGACUGACACGUUCCCCAAGCUGCGCUGCCGCUCCUUCAACCUCGCGGGCCAGACGAUCCGCAUGGUCGGUAUCGACAAGGGCGCCGGCAUGAUUGCGCCCAACAUGGGCCCGGCCGUUCCCCACGCUACUCUUCUCGGUGUUAUCGCUACCGACGCUGCUAUCGCUCCCUCUGCCCUCCAGUCUGCUCUCAACUAUGCCGUCGACCGUUCCUUCAACUCGAUCACCGUCGACGGCGACAUGAGCACGAACGACACGAUCCUCGCCCUCGCCAACGGCAUGGGUACCCCGGGCAACAGCGAGAUCCACGAGGGCAUGGUUGCCGAGUACGAGCUGUUCCGUAACGAGCUCACGUCGUUUGCGCAGGACCUCGCCAAGCUGGUCGUGCACGACGGUGAGGGCGCGACCAAGUUUGUCACUGUGCACGUCCACGGCGCGCCCUCGUACGACGUCGCCAAGACGGUUGCCUCGUCCGUUGCCAACUCGAACCUCGUCAAGACGGCCAUGUACGGCGAGGACGCCAACUGGGGCCGCAUCCUGUGCGCUGUCGGCUACUCGUCCGUGCCCGAGGGCACGAUCGACCCCCACAAGGUCUCCGUCUCCAUGAUCCCCGCCAAGGACGACCCGGUCCAGACCCCCAUGGUCCUGCUCAAGGAUGGCGAGCCCGACGCCAACCUCGAGGCCAACGAGGACCGCGCCACCAACCUCAUCCAGAGCGAGAACGUCACCAUCGACAUUGACCUCGGACAGGGCAAGGGCGAGGCCGCGACGUACUGGACCUGCGACCUGUCCCACGACUACGUGACCAUCAACGGAGACGUGAGUUUUGUCCCGCCUUCGGCUGAUCAGAAACUGACACCCCAGUACCGCACGUAA